AUGCCACAAGAAAAGUCAACAAGUGCAAAGAAGAAGAAACAGGAGCAGACAAAAUCGUCAAAGAAGAAGGCAACCGCAGCGGUUGCCACCUCUCCCAAGUCGGGCACUCCAAAGAGCACAAAAAGCUCCAAGAAACCUGCUGCCUCUACUGCCAACAGCAAACCGACUAACGGCAACUCAUCAAAGCAUGGAACUCCCAAGUCGGUGAAAGGCAAACCGAAGGCGUCCAGUACUGCCCACAGCUCGCCCACGCAGAGCACCGUCAUCAACAAAACUCCCACCAAAGGAGGCCAUGGUGGAAGCAAGAAAGCCACUGAAAAGAGCAAGUCAGCAAAGAAGAAAGCACCCGUCCAGGUGGCUCAGAAGGUCACCGCAAAGCCUACCCCGCCACCACCUCCUCCUCCGCCGCCCAAAAAGAAGAAGAAAAAGGCCGCUCCUCAAGUGAUCGUAAAGGAGGAGGACAGUGAUGACGAAGAAGAGGAAAAAGAGGAGGUGGCAGUGGUAGAAAAGAAGGAGGAAGAGGAACAACAGGAGAGCAAUGAGGUCCAUCUUCCGCCGCCACCGGCACUGGCUAGUGGUGGCAGCUCUGAGGAGGUGCUCGCUCCAGUGCCCACCUCCACUUCGCCAACUGCUUCUGCGGUUAAAAAGAGCAAGAAACCAUCGGCAAAGAAGGCGAGCAAGCCUCCGGCUAAGAAGGCUUCGAAAAAGAAGCAGAAGAAGGUGGCAGCUGCCAAGCCGAGCGCUGCUGCUGCUGCUGCUUCCUCGGUCGCUUCCUCUGACGAAGGAGAAGAGGAGGAAGAGGAAGGAGGAGGAGAAGAAGAGAGUGGAAAGGGUAGUGCCGUUAAGGCUUCGGAGGUAGCAGCUGCUCAGAAAGCCGCCAAAGCAGAGGAUGACGAACCACCGCCAUCGUCAGGUAGUUCUGCGGCCCAGAACAGCAGCAGCAGUGCUGCUUCUGCUGAACCGUCUAGCGAGAUGGGCGCGGAACCGCCUGCUCCUACUUCCAGCAAGUCAAGUAGCGAGCCGGACAUGAAAAAAGAGGAGAAAACAAAAGAGGCGAUAGAGGAGGACGAGGAGUUCACCAAGCCGACCAUCAACCAGAUGAAGAAGGAGAAGAAGGAGAAACCGCUCAGUCUCUCGGAGAAGAUCAGCAAGCUGGAGUUUGAGUCACUGAACGAUGAGAUCGCCGAGCUAAAUCAGGGAGUUGCCAUGCUUAAGCACUCCUACGGGAGCAUCAUCAAAUCGCUGGUGGCGAUGCAGAACCGCCGAACGAAGAAGAAGGCUGCCAAAGAGGCGGCGGCAGCGGCUGCAGCCGGCGGUGAAACAAAGUCUGGUCGAGGUGGCGAAUGCAAGCCCACCUUCCUCACCACCGUCUCCACGAUGGACGCCUGCAAACUGGCAACUCCGAGCUGUCUGGUGAUGAAGGACAAGUACGACAUUGAGCGCUUCGUCAAUCCGCUCACUCGCGAGGAGACCUUCCAGCUGCUUUUUGAUGAGAUUGCUGAUCUGAACAAGCUCACCGAGCCCUUUCGCACUCGAUUCUUUGACGCAAAGGGCAACUUUUUGCGCCCCAAAUUUGAAGCGCAGAAGGAAGUCAAGAUGGACCGCACACUUUUUAAUGAGUACAAAAUUUGG